UAGUACGUGUGUACGAAGCACUUAGUAGCGCAGUAUUCGUAGGAGCGACGGAUUCGUUCGCACAUUGACUUGGCUAUUUUUCAGUUUCAUUUCGUCUCUUCGCGUAUAUCCUGCGCGCUCGCCUCGCACCUGGACAGCCGGUGGUGUGUAUUAAAGGGCAGUCGUGAAGAUGUCCAAAAAACCAGGAGCUGCUCAGGCUCUACAUAAAGUGAUUAUGGUUGGAAGCGGCGGUGUAGGAAAAUCAGCAUUAACGUUGCAGUUUAUGUACGACGAGUUUGUUCAAGACUACGAGCCUACAAAAGCUGAUUCGUAUAGGAAAAAAGUCGUCCUUGAUGGAGAGGAAGUCCAGAUAGAUAUAUUGGAUACCGCGGGUCAAGAAGAUUAUGCAGCCAUUAGGGAUAACUAUUUUCGUAGCGGCGAAGGCUUUCUUUGCGUAUUUUCUAUAACGGAAGAUGACAGUUUUCAAGCUACGCAAGAAUUUAGAGAACAAAUUCUACGAGUGAAAAAUGAUGAAAACAUUCCCUUUUUACUGGUGGGAAAUAAGAGCGACCUCCAAGAAAAAAGAAAAGUUAGUUUAGCGGAAGCACAAGGCAGGUCACAGCAAUGGGGAGUUCCUUACGUUGAAACAAGUGCUAAGACUAGAGAAAAUGUCGACAAGGUAUUCUUUGAUCUAAUGCGCUCCAUCGCUGAUCGCAAGGCUCAGGAAAAUCAAGGAGAAUUAGGAGAACGAAAAAAAAAAGCAAGUUGUUGCAACGUUCUUUAACGAAAAUGCAAUUCGGCUUAAUGGCCAAAUGUGCUUGAUUGAGGCACAAUUCAUCUUAAUCGACGAGACCGUGAUAUUCGAUACACGAUUCAUCCGAUAUUCAAAUAUCAUUUUUCAUUGGCAGCUCUUUUUCUCAACUAAGAGCAAAAAAAUUUCUCGCCA